GUCGGCGGCUUGCGCGCCACCGUCGAAUUCUAGUCGCGCUCCCGAGCACCGAGCUCUGGGAUCCAGGUCAGGGCGGCGGUAGGCGCGGGAGUGCGCGAGCGCGUGUUACGAUGGAAGUUACGUGACUGCACGCGGCACGCACGAGCCCAGAGCGCGGCGGGCGCGGACGGCGGCGGAGCACAGCGCGGAUGCCCCAGCGGUGCGCCGCGGGCGCGGCGUGUGUCUCGUAGGACAAUGCUCGCGGUUGACGGGCCGGUGGCUUGCCAACAAUGUGCCAGGCGGACGCCGCAUCGAUGCGUCCGUUGUUGGACGAUGUUUCCGUGGAGACGGGCUUCGGGCCGGAGGACACGGCGGUGGGCCAUGGGGAGAGGUCCACGGACCACGAAAGUCCUCUGACGACUGUCGCCCUCGUCGAAGAGGCACCUCCCGGCCCCGUCGCCGCCGGCGGUCUCCUCAACACCUCAGCGGAGACCGAGGACCAGGACGAAGUCAGUGAAGAACUCCUCAGCGGUCCGGCUACGGAGCUGGAAGAUGGGGAUCCAUCGUCCAGCAUGCCUCCCGACCCCUUAAUAAACACCCAACGGGGCAAAGAACAUCCUCCCGGCCGAUCUCGCACUGAAAGCUCUUGCAGCAUCAGCAGCAAGAGUAGUUGUAGUAGCAAGAGCAGUACUUCCGCAAGCAAAAGUUGUGCAACUCAGGGAAGUAAGACUGGAGGUCUAAGCGGUGUCCAAAAUUCUGUUAGCAAUGUCACACGUUCCGCCAAGGGUUCGGCGCAAGCCGCCGUGACCCUCCCCCGGGCUCUGAACAAUAGUACUUCUGCCAGCGCAUCCUCGACGAGUGCGACCAAGAAACUCAUCUCGUGUACGGUUCGCGAUCCUGGGGAGCGCCUGCGCAUUCUGAAGGAGCGUGUGGAACGCGCCAUCCGGGAAAGGAAGAUUUUUGUCAUUCACGGUUGCUUCCCGUCCAUCCGAGAAGCGCUCAAGAGCCGAGGAUGGAUGGAGAAGCUGGAGUGCAAGGUGGUGCGCCCCCUUGUCCCCAACGGUCGGACGAGCCCGGAUGUGACGCCGCCGGUCUUCUCGCCCCACGAGACGGAGGCGUCCAUCGUGAGCCACCUGAUGAAGGAGGCGCAGGCCAACUUCGUGUGGAACCUGCGCUCCGACUGCGCCGACUACUGGGUCAACGCCAACAAGGACAUGAUCGUGGGGCUCUGCAACUACAUGAAGCAGAUCCAUUGGUUCUGUGAGGACGGCGUCUCGCAUACGCUGUUUCCGCGCUGUUACAACAUCUGCCAGGAGGAGGAGCUGUCCGCCUUCAUCCAGGACUUCCGCAUGACGGCGUGCAUCGGCCUCAUCAAGUGGGUGGUGAUCCGCUUCGACAAAUUGGGCGAGGGCGGCGUGCGCUCGCCCCAAGGGAAGAUCCCCAUCAGCUGCGUGCAGUUCGCGCUGCGCCGCUGCAGCGAGUACGUGUCGUCGCGCACGCACGAGGACAUCGACGUGGACGACUCGUACAACAUCGUGUGGGAGCACCAGUGGGACCAGUUCCUCACGUGGUACUACCGCAUCCUGCAGCUGGACGGCUACCUCAACACGUGGAUCAUGAAGCCGGGCAACCGCUGCCGCGGGCGGGGCAUCCAACUGGUGCAGCGCCUGGAGCACGUGCUGGCCAAGGUCAGCCCCGCCGUCAUGAAGGAGAGCCGCUACGUCGUGCAGAAAGAAAGUUAUAUUCGCUUCUGUUCGCGUCCUUUCUCCUUGAAAAAUCUACACGAGUCUGUACAUCUCUGCAACAAUGCAGUGCAGUGCCGCUACAAGAAUGCUAAACGAGAUCCUUCCCUGCCUGACGAAAACAUGUGGGACAACCACACACUCAAAACUUAUCUGCGGGCCAUCGGGCACGCGGAUGCCUGGGACAAGACGAUCUACCCGGGCAUGAAAGAGAGCAUCGUGGGGGCGCUGCUCGCCUCGCAGGACAACAUGGCGAAGCGGAAGAACUCGUUCGAGCUGUUCGGGGCGGACUUCAUGGUGACAGAGGACUUCCUGCCGUGGCUCAUCGAGAUCAACGCUUGCCCGUGCAUGUCCCCCACCACCAGCGUCACGGCGAGGCUCUGCUCGCAGUGCCUCGAGGACACCAUCAAAGUGGUGAUCGAUCGUCGGUACAACCGCCACGCCCCCACCGGCAGCUUCGAGAUGGCGUACAAGCAGAACAUCCCCCCGCCGCCGCCCUACCUGGGCAUGGCGCUGGCGGUGCGCGGGCGCAACAUCAACCGCUACGGCACCGCCAACCCCUCGCUGCGGGCCGUCACCACCACCAGCAAGACCCGCCACAGCAGCAGCAACACGGGCAGCGGCGCGGGCGGCGGCGGCGGCGGCAAGGACCGCAUGCACGCCACCAAGAAGGGCCACAAGUCCAGCAAGGAGAGCUCCAAGAGCAGCUCGUACAUCGGCCCCAUCAUCGUGGACCUCAUCGAAGACCUGGCGCGCCACCUCGAGAAGAACAAGUCCAAGAAGAUGCGCCUGUUCACGGAGAAGGAGGUGCACAACGCCGCCAACAAGCUGGUGCGCGAGGUGGAGAGCGAGCAGCAGCGCCUGGAGAAGGUGGGCGACGGCCAGAAGUCCACGUCCAAGCCUGGCUCCAAGGCCGGCUCCAAGGCGUCGUCGGGUGCGUCCACGCCGGUCAAGGACGCGCACCCCGCGGACGCCAUAGGCGCCGGCCGGCGCCGGCGCCGCCCAGGACCCCACGCCGCCCGGCUCGGGCGUCCAGGACCACCGUGA